GGCUGGCCGGCGCCUUCUUCGCCAUGGGCCGCUACCUGGUGCGCGGCGGCGUGCGGCCGCGGACGGCGGCGCUGCUGCUGGCCGCCUGCUGCGGGGGGGAAGCGGUGGCGCAGACGGCGCUGGCGGCGGGGGAGGAUCACUUGCUCUCCUUCAGCGCCACGGGGGUGGUGCUGAGCUGCCUGGCCGCCGCGGCAUGGCUGGUGCUGAAGCUGAGGCAGGGCGUCCUCAUGAUCGCCGUGACUAGCGCCGUGAGGACCACGUCGCUCGUCUCCUUCGAGCGGGUGCGGGCGUCGUGGCGGCCCUACCUGGCGUACCUGCUGGCGCUGCUGGGCAUCCUGCUGGCCGGCUGCGCCCACGGGCUCUGGCCGCCGCGCGGGGCCGCCCCGCCCGCCGCGCCCCCCGCCGCGCCCCCGGCCGCCGACGCAGCCCCGGCGCUGAGGAGGAGGCGGCGGCGGUCCAGCUCCGUGGUCGCCGCCGAGAUGUCGGGCUGCGGCAGCAAGAGCCACCGCCGCACCUCGCUGCCCUGCAUACCUCGCGAGCAGCUCAUGGGGCAUUCUGAAUGGGACCACAAGCGAGGACCCAGGGGAUCACAGUCUUCUGGUACCAGUAUUACAGUGGAUAUCGCUGUCAUGGGAGAAGCACAUGGGCUCAUUACAGACCUCCUGGCAGAUCCUUCACUGCCCCCCAAUGUGUGCACAUCACUGAGGACAGUGAGCAACCUGCUUAAUACGCAAUUAACCUUCCAGGCGAUUCACAAGCCAAGGGUGAACCCUUUGGUGUCCUUCAGUGAGAACUACACCUGUUCUGACUCAGAGGAAUGUCAGGAAAAGGGAGAAAAACUAGCUAUUCCCAAGCGCUUACGGAGAAGUUUGCCUCCAGGACUGCUGAGACGAGUGUCCUCAACUUGGACCACAACAACUUCAGCCACAGGAUUACCUACGCUGGAGCCAGCCCCAGUGAGAAGGGAUCGCAGUGCCAGCAUCAAACCACAUGAAUCAUCUUCAUCUAGCACUGACUCUUGGAACAGCUCGAUUCUGAUGACAAUCACGAAAAGCAGGUCCUUCUCCGCGUCCUAUGCCAUGUCUUCUACAAACCACCUGAAUGCCAAAAGGCAGAGUCGGCAAGGUAUCCCUCCAAAUAUUUCACCUCUCACCUCUCCAUGCCAUUCACCAGUUCAGGGGACCCCUGCUGCAAGUCCUACAGGAAAAACAUCUUCCAUGUCAUUUCCAGACUCUACAGAUACUGACACUAAGCAAGGCUUAAAGCCACAUAAAGUCUUAACUUCUACUCAAAGUGCACCGAGCGUGUCAGACCCCAUUAUCAGCUCCUCUGUUAUUUGCAGCAGCUGUGGCAGACCCUAUAACCAAAUAGAAGCUAGUGAUGGGACUCUAGACAGAGGCAAUGGUACCACACACACCCUGAAUAGAACAGAUGAUCCUGCACAAGCCACUUCUGACUACGAGACCAACAAUAGUGACAGCAGCGACAUUGUACAAAACGAUGACGAGACAGAUUGCUCCAAAGAACAGACACGGAAGGGAUCCGUCUGUAGGACAUACGCACCUGAGACUAUCAUCCUGCACCCAUUGAUACCUCCUGAGGACAAGCCUGUACUUGCUCCUGAGCCCCUGGUUAUGGACAACUUGGACCCCCUGAUGGAGCAACUAAACAGUUGGAAUUUCCCAAUCUUUGAUCUGGUGGAAAAAAUUGGAAAGAAAUGUGGUCGAAUUCUCAGUCAGGUGUCAUACAGGCUUUUUGAAGACAUGGGGCUUUUUGAAACCUUUAAAAUUCCAGUGAGGGAGUUUAUGAACUACUUUCAUGCCUUGGAAUGUGGAUACCGAGAGAUACCGUAUCACAACAGAAUCCAUGCAACUGAUGUUCUACAUGCUGUUUGGUACCUUACUACUCAGCCCAUCCCAGGACUCCCAACUGUGGUUAAUGAUCAUGGGUCAGCAAGCGAUUCAGAUUCUGACAGUGGGAUCACUCAUGGCCAUAUGGGCUAUGUGUUUUCGAAGACAUACACGCCUACAGAUGACAGCUACGGAUGCCUAGCUGGCAACAUCCCUGCCCUUGAGUUGAUGGCUCUUUAUGUUGCUGCAGCCAUGCAUGAUUAUGAUCAUCCAGGAAGGACCAAUGCCUUUUUAGUAGCAACAAGUGCUCCUCAGGCUGUGCUGUACAAUGACCGCUCUGUUUUGGAGAACCACCAUGCAGCUGCUGCCUGGAACCUGUUCAUGUCCCGGCCAGAGUACAACUUCUUAGUCAACCUCGACCACGUGGAAUUCAAGCAUUUCCGCUUCCUUGUCAUUGAGGCAAUUUUGGCUACUGACCUGAAGAAACACUUUGAUUUCGUUGCCAGAUUCAAUGCCAAGGUGAACGAUGAUGUCGGAAUUGACUGGACUAACGAGAACGAUCGCUUGCUGGUUUGCCAAAUGUGCAUCAAACUGGCUGACAUCAAUGGGCCUGCAAAAUGCAAAGAUUUGCAUCUUCAGUGGACAGAAGGCAUUGUCAACGAGUUUUAUGAGCAGGGUGAUGAAGAGGCUAGCCUUGGUCUGCCUAUCAGUCCUUUCAUGGAUCGCUCCGCUCCUCAGUUGGCACACCUCCAGGAAUCUUUCAUUACUCACAUUGUGGGACCACUAUGUAAUUCCUAUGACUCAGCGGGGCUGAUGCCAGGAAAAUGGGUAGAAGAUAGUGAUGAAUCAGGAGACACUGAUGAGCAUGAAGAGGAAGAAACAGCAGAAAUGGAAACUUGUGAAAAUGCUGAAUCCAGAAAGAAGAAGUUCAAGAGGAGGAAAAUCUACUGUCAGAUCACGCAGCACCUGCUUCAGAACCACAAAAUGUGGAAGAAAGUGAUAGAAGAUGAGGAAAGGUUAGCUGGGACAGAGAAGCCAGGCACAGAGCAAACCACACUGCACCCGUCUUCAGAACAAAUCCAGGCCAUCAGGGAGGAGGAGGAGGAGAAAGGGAAGCCCAAACAGGAAGAGAAAAACACAACUCUAGAACCAAACCAAUGACAAUAUUCACAGCAGUAUUUUAAGACAGAUAUUGACUCGUGCACAGACUCUUUCUCAAGCCAGCACAGCAUUUAGACACAACACUGUAGAAGUAUGGGAUAAUGCGCCUACAGCUGUUUGAUUUGUUUCUCUUUCCUUUUUAUGGUGAGGUACAUUGUUUAAACUCCUAUGCUCGAGGAAGCUUUCACACUGCGACACCGGCUUUUACAGACUUUCUUUAAAAAGUUUGGGGAGGGUGGGGGGUGGAAUUAUAUAAAUAUAUAUAGCCAGGGAUUAUUGGCUGCGCACUUCAGCAAAAUACAUUUAGUGAUAUAUUACGGUCACUGUGAUAUUUACAGAAGGAAGUUAUCUAAGGAAAUGCUGCUUCUAAAUUGCAGUUACCGGGAAGGUACCGGUUAAGUAGCUUUGGCUCUUAACACUGAGGGAUAAAAGUUGCAAAGCUGUACAUGAAUGCUGAUGCAUCCUGCCAAGAUACAGGCGUGCGUGCGCCGGGAGGGGGGUAUUUGCAUGUGGAGGUGCUCUAACGACAGCGUGCUUUGAGUUUGGACUAGCUGUAGCGCACGUCCUGAUACACGGCGACAAGCAGAAGGCCUGAAUUUUAGAAAGUCGGUGCCCACAAGGAAAUCGGAGCCUUCUGUGAGGAGCCCUGCGUUCCCGGGAGCCCUCCGAGCCCUGGUCUGCGCUCCAGCUGCAGGCAGCGGGCUUUCGGCAGGGGCCGCAGUGGCGUGGGCUGCUGGUGGGGUCCCGGCUGGCUGCAGGAGCUCCUCUUCCUCCUCCUCUUCCUCCUCCAGGCUGUUGGCAAGAGGGACGGGCCACGAAGUUUAUUCUCCGGAGGGGUUUGGGAGAGAGCGUGGGGCACGCCGAGCUGUUCCUCUUUAAAGGAAGGAGAUCCUUCUGCACGCCCUCGCGCGCGUGUGGGGCGCUGCGUGUGUUCGCGCGGGGAAGAAAAGAGAGCAAAUGCGAGCGCGUGCGCGCUCAGGAGCUAGAGGCACACUGCCGUCCUUCCAGCCUGCCCUUUUGCCUCCGUGCAUCAGUGGCCAAAUACAUCAUUUAAGAGUGAAGCUAAACUUAGCUAUCAUUAAAGAGUGAGCAAAAGAAGGAGGGUUUGGGGGCCAUGCACUUCCUUAGGAUGAAAGGCAAAUGAUGCAUUAGCAAAAAGGCAGGGGGAGAGGUGCCAGUCCUGUGCUGGCCGGGCACUCGUUUGUCUCAGCAACCACUCACAUGAGCUUCAGAGAACUUGAUUUUCAGUGUGAGGUGCUGGAUGGGAGCAGUUUGUUACUGGCAUUCUGCUUAGAAGCAGCAUAUUUGAUCCCACAGAUAUACUUACUUUUUUUCAUUUUUCUUUUUUUUUUUUAAGAGAAAGGAAAAGAUCGGGCUUGUAAAAGAGCAGAUCUUUUUUUUUUUUUUGUUCUGUUUGUUUGUUUUCUGUUGUUUAUGCUGUGAGCCAAAUGUCUAUUUAAAAGGUUGAAUAUUCACUUUCAAUAUUUUAUUUCACAAUAUUAUAUUUGUCAGUGAUUAGCUAUCUAGAUGUAAAUAUGGAGAAAUUUUUAUGGGUUCCUGUAGAUAAUGAUAUCUUUAAGAAAAAAAAAUGAAAAGAAAAAAAGGAAUAAGUUUUUUGUAAAGCUAAUUUUUUAAAAAAUAAAUACAAAAAGAUUUUUAUAGAGUGUAGCCAUUUCCAAGCCCAACACAUAAGGUUUUGAGUAAUUUGUAUAGACCCUUCUGGGAAGCCACUGAUCUACAAGAUCAAGGCUUUGACAUAUUAAGGCUCUCUGGUACUGGCAGCACCAAACAGUACCACACCAGUUACAUUGUUUUAUUCCCACCAAAAAAAGAAAAAAAUUUUUUGUGUAAAGUUCAUUCUCUCUCCAGCAUGAAUUGAUUAUGUAUGCUAUUUUAUAGUCUGAUCCUACAGCCCUUUCUCAAGAAAGGGUGUGAAUAACAGUGCUUGUGAAAGGAAGAGUUUGUAGGAGAAGUCCUGUCUGUAUUGAAUUUAUGUGUCCAUCACUUCUUUGCCAUUCUAACACAUUUGCAAUAUUUCGUGGUCCUGCUGAUACCUCCCAAGAAAUGUUGGAAAAUGUUCUCUAUCGAAGCCAGUUAGUGUAUGUGUUACCGCUUCAGGGUUUCUCUUUGCUUCAUAUUUCUUACAGAGUUAACUUUUGCUCCAAAGCAGAUCUUCGUUUCUUAAAGGUCCCAUCUCCCUGAUAUUGUCCCUUCCUGCUCCUGCCCCGAGAAAGGCAUGUGCCUUUCCACAGAAUGGCCCUGGAGCAUGGACAUGGGUGCUCUCAUCACUGGAAACAUUUACUGGUAUUUUUGAAUAGAACGGCAACAACAAAAGAUCCCAAUUGCGCUAUUAUUUUAAAGGAAAAGGAUAUAGCAGAAUUCACUCAAAGGAAAAAAACAUAUCUCAAGUUUUCUCCAAGAUCUCAGCAAUUCCACCAAUUCCAGCUUGCACAGUUUUCACUCCUCUUCAGUUACUUUGAUUAAUCAUUUAAAUUGGGGUUUUCUUGCAUAAGUGACUUGCAUUCCUUACAGUACCAGAAUUAUUUAAUAUGUGCCUCAUUCUGCCCUUUAAAAAUUAAACUUGCAAAGAUGCUUUAGAACACCACAUUUCCAAACACUUCUUGCAGGAUUUUGAGUGCAUGAUCACUGGAAAUGGAUUCUUUAUAUUGAUUUUUAUAUUGCCCUUGCUGAAAGAAGGAAAAAAAAAAAAAAAAAAAAAAAAAAAAAAAAAAAAAACUAUGGCACAAAGUGCUAGUAGGAGCCCACUUGGUAAAGUUAAGAGGAGGCAUUCCAGAAAGAGGCCAAAUCCUGCAAGCCAGUUAAAGUCCACAUAGUCAUCUAAGCAAGCAUACAGGGUUGAACCAAAAACAGUAUCCUAAAAAUAAAAAAGGGAAUUAUUAUAGUUUCUUAGUCAUCAUUUUUGGUUGCCAUUAAGUAAAAUCAAUGUCUGCUUCUAAUUUGUUGACCUUUCUGUAGUGCCAAAGCAGCUGUUACACAUUUCUGCAUUGUUAUGCAGCCUGUUUGUGGGUAAGGUUGAUAAACUCAGGUCUUUUGCAGGAAAGAAAUUGCUGACAGGCUUAAAAUCAGAAUGAUCUUCAACUUUAUCCAAACUGGAAGCAGUACUAGUGGAGAAACAAAAGGGUCUGGGACUGGUUAGCUUGAUAAGAAGCUACCCUUUUGCACUCCACAUAGCUGCUAAUAGAAUCCAAUUUUAGCCUGUGUUCACUCCUUAUAAACCUGAUUUUGCAACUUUGCAAUUCAUUUCUGCUAGAAAGUGGUCGGAAUAUUCAGAAUAUUUCCCAGGUUGUUUUGACUAUGACAGAAGAGAAAAUACCUGAGCGAUUAUAUAUCAAACGUGUGAACACAGUUUUUUGCUUUUUGCUUUUGUAGAAAAUAAAGCAGGUAAUUGUUUAGGGUUUUUUAUACUGGUGUCCAGUCCAAAGGAGGCAAAACUUUUGGCCUGCAGCUGCAGCAGCCUUUCUGAGGGUAGGCCUCGAUGGCUUCCCACUUUUGGCAGUCCUUUGGUGUUAUGAAGCCCGAAUAAACUACAACCUGUGCAAUAUUUUGGGGAAGGAGAGAGAACAAAGAAAAAGACUUGUAUUCUUCCAGCAAAGUGUUCAGAUUUCAGUUAGUGCAUUUAAAACGUUGAUACAAGUUUCUGGUAUGUACAGUAUGCAGGAAGUUUUGCUAAAUAGUAAUGAAAGCAAAAGCCUUUGAAGCAGAUUCUUCAGUAAUAAAAAUACUGUGUAUUUUCAUGUUCAAUUCUUUAAAAAGAGAGAGAAGGGAGGAUUAGAUCAUGAUUUUGAGGUUUGAUGCUUCUUUUUCUCUACUGUAGUGUCACUUGUGGGCUGAUCCUGUUCCCUUCUAGCCUAGAAGAGUUCUGCUCUUCCAUUAAAUAGGCAGCUUUUGACAGUGCUCACAGUUACCAGUGCAUCGAGCAAUUACAUACAUUGCCAUUUUCCCAGUUUGCUCAACAGCGAUGCUGUGGGCCGUGCAUCGGGCAGUAGAAGUGAACUGUGGGAAUCUACUAGGAAAAAGGGAUUGUACUGUGCUCAUGGCAGCAUUUCAAAUUUACAUUCUCUGAAUGAAAUUCUUUAGAGAAACCUAGACAAAUGGCCAUGUGUCACCAGCAGCCUGCUUUAUGGCUGUGUGCGAGAUGCUGGCUCUCGUUGCAAAUGCCUCUCGUGUUCUGGGAGCAAAUCAUUCCUGGGGCAGAUCUGAGAAUGCGUCUGCGAUUUGAGAAUGUAUUUGUUAGCAUGGAAGGGGAGUCGUUCAUCAGCUUUUUACCAUGAUGCAGCAUUUGAACAUCACUCUGAAUCAUCUGCAAGUUAAAAUCCAAGCCUGCAAUUACUUAGGACUUUUCAGUGGAUGCAUUUGAGGCUACUAGCUUAUUAAAAGUUCAAGGCCACCCAGAUGCAUGUAGUGCUGUGUCCAUGCUACUGAGCUGUGAACUCGAGGAGGCUUGGUGCUCGGGAGCCUGCAUCUCACUGUCUUUCAAUGGGACUUAGGGUCUUGGAGAAUUUUGUCUGUCUUUAAAAUGAACUUUUUGCACUUUUGAUUUUUUUUCUAUAAUUCAGCAAAAGGUUUUGUGUUUUGUCCCAAAUGUUAACGAAGUGCUUGUGCAAAGUCUCGUUAGUACCAGGUACACCGUGCUUGGUCCAUGUGGUGUGAUCCUGUGUUUGAGGUGAUGGUGGAGGCUUUGCUGGUAAAAUACAUGGGUGCAGGUUUGAAUCUCCCAUCUCACUGACUUCCAUGGGUGCCACAAGAAGCACUAGUCAGUGCCAGCCUGAGCAGCCCAGCAAACCUGGCUGUGUUUUAGAGCUGGGAUCCAGGUAAGGACAAGCUGCUUUGCCAGCAAAUAUGACAGGGAGAUGCCCCAACUGGUUAAAGUGUGGGAGAGGCAAUGAACUUUGUGGCAGCUCGUUCUAGAGAUGAACCAACUAGGAGAAAUACUUUUCAAUAGGUUGGUGGGAGGAGGGGGAUAACGAGAGUUGGUGACUUUUCUUUCUCAAAAAGAAGAGCCUUUUGACAAUAAAUUGUUUUAACUGUUGGAAAAAUGAUUUUGAAAACCUGUGAUGCGGGGAAAAAAAAGUAUAAAUCUUUCCUAUCACUUUUUCAGGUGCUGUUAUGGUGGAGAUGUUCCAACAUUAUGUGUUUAAAGCAGAAAGGUUUCAGUUUAGGCAUGAGCAGUAUUAGUAUUAAAUGGUCAUCUCCUGAACAUCCGUCUGCCAUAUGGGUGGAAGAUGAAAUCUGAGGAUGGGCAUAGAGCCAAGAAGGUGCCUCUCCCUGUUCUGCUACAGACCUGCACAGAUGUGGCCCCUGGAGUCAGGCACUGAUGCUCAUUUGCUCUUUCCUGUCUCAGACUGGUACAUUGGCCUUAAAAAUGGGAUAUCGCUCCACUGGCCGCGCAGCAUGGAUGUAGUUAGUCCUCAAGUUGAUCAGGUUUUAAACAGAGAUGGAGAGGGUCAAACUGGCAAUUCUUAGAAAAAGAAAAAUGGUGUCCAGUAGGAAGCAGACUUUAUGCAAAAUGCUUAGUUUUUCUUUUCUUUCUAACCAAAAGUAAUCAAUCCCCCUGGAUAGAAGUACGCAUGGAGUUUUGGGGUUUUUAAUCACUACUUGAUGUUGAAGCAUUAUUUAAAAUGGUGGCAGCAUUAAAGAGAAUUGUCCUAAACUAGGGCAGAGGAAUCUUUCUUUUAUAUUUUUAAGUGAUUCAACAAAUAAGAAAGCCCUCUGACAAUUGAAGGACUUUUUUGUGCUUGAUGAUAGCAAGAGGAGGAGGCAGAAAAUUUGAGAGAAAAGAGGAAAGAAAAUAUGUCUAUGUCACAUCUUCAUUUCAGGCCUCCUGAAGAAAAUGUACAUGUUAAGUAUUGUUGAUGAGGCCAGGGAGUAGUUAAGAUUAAGGUGAUAGCUAUCUUAAGCAACUGUUGGAAGAGCUAGAAAAGACACUGAUUAUUGGAGGCAAACUUCCAUUGAAGUGGAGCAAAAUAGCAUCAGCACAUUUGAGAAUAACUUCAGACAAUAAAUCUUUCUUUGCAUUUCAUUGCUUUCUGUUAGCAAGACAACUUUCCUCUGGAAGUAAAUCGAAACAUGGUUUUAGUUCCUGCUGUGGUCAGUGAAUCCCAGGGUCAGAGGGAGCAGUGCAAGGGGGACCCUCCAUUUACUUCCUAGCUAUGGUUUAUUCAGAGGGAUUUUCCUCAUAGGUGGGUCCUCACUAUAGCAUCUAGUUAAAAAAAAAAAAAAAAAAAACCUCCUCGGUAGGAUGCAAACAUUGCCCACUUGACUGCCUGCUUGAAAUCUUAGGGUGAUGGAAACUCCUUGGGAACCUGCAGGCAGAGCAGUGCUGCGGUGCUCCUGCAGGGCCCAUUUUCGCAAUGCCAAACCAGGAAGGGGGGCAAAACCUUGAGCUACUUCAUAAUACUACUUUGAUAAAAAUUAACUUAGCAAGAAGCAUUGUGCAGUUUGAAAGCCUGCCAGUGUCACUUGAGACGUAUUGCAGAAAUGUCCCAUUUAAAUCUGUUCCUUCUUAAAGAUGAUUGAUUUAGUUGCGACCAACUGGCCUUGUCCUUGGUCUGUCAAGCUGAAAUAUAAUGUAAACCAAGAAAUUUUUUUGACUGAAGCAUUUUAAUCCUCCAAAUGUAUCAGCAAACAAAACUUUGCAUGGUGCUAGAGGAGGAAAAAAUUGCAGUAUUUAUUUCAGUUGAGAUUUUCAGGUCUGUGUGAUUUAUUUCUCACUUCGUAAGAUGUGUUUGUGGUAUGUCCGAGGUGCAAAAACUUGGACAACAGAUAAUACCUGUUUUACUGCUGGCGGCAUAUGAGAUGGGCGUGCAUUGGGGGGCACGCUGCAAUUGCAAGCACGGAAAGUCUUGUGUUGCAGCAGUAAAUCAGAUGGGGAAACCCGAGCGGGUUCUGUUUGCUGUCUAGACGGAAGGACGAGGAGCCUAAGAGGACUCGGCCACAGCUGUGGACUAUGUGUCCCCUUCCCUGGUUCGAAAAGCAUCGCGCUCGGAUCGAGUAAGCAGAAACGCCCGCGGCGGGCGGCCGCAGCAGGGCAGGCGCGCGCCAAGCGAGCGGAGGAGGCUGCAAGCAGCCCGGGAUCGCGGCCGAAGGGAAGGGACGAGCCGCGGAGCGGGAGAGCGCAGGUCGAGAACAAACGCCCCGUUUCCGAGUGCUGUUCUCCAAGUCGCUGGAGAAAUAUCUAAGCAAGCCGGGUCUGGACCAACCUUAAGGUGGUUUCCUCGCUUAUAGCCCUGAGGGCCAUGGCAUUAGAUAUUCCCUUUUUUCAACACUGUCUUCCUUUACCACAAUGAACACUUGCAAACAAUUAAUGUGAACUAACAGUUGUGCUUUGCUUUUGAAUAUUUAUUUAAAGGAAGUCGCUGGUUUUUUUUUUUCCCCUGACCUCAGUCAUUUUGCCUCUGUGCUUUUAUUAACAACAACAACAAAAAAAGUCUGCAAUACGAACAGAGAGAAACUGUUAAGAGUUUGCCAUGCGUGUACCUACUAUUUUAGGUAGAAAACCCGUUGUCUGUUAAAGCUAUCUUUCCUCUCCUUUUCAAAACUGCUGCCUGAUUCUGACACACAAUGAAAAUCUGUAUUUGAAUGCAAAAUUUUCAUUUUAGACGUUUAUGAACCUUAAUGCAGUACUGCAGAUGGUAUCUUAAAAGAUCAAAGACAGCGUUUAUACCUGCUAUGUGGUGUUGAUGAUAUUUUUAAUAUUUUGACUGUGUCAGCAUACAUUUGGUCAUUACUUUUCUAAAGCUAAGUCUUUUUUUCUUGAGUAAUCAAUAUAAGAUGUUUGCAUGAUGGAAAGUAAUUUAAGUUCACCUUUUUUAAAAAAACAUGAUUCAUAUUGUAGGUUGUGUUUGCUUAACAGAUAACAUUUUCACUGAUGGGUGGCAGUUCUUUUUUUUUUUAGUGCUUUUGAUUGAUAGAAGAACUAGGACAACAUUUUCCAACAGAAACAUAUUUUUUAACCUUUGCCUCAACAGCUCCAGAGAAAUAGUAUCUUUCAAAAGUAAUUGGUUUCCAGUAGGGUUUUGCCAUCUGGAAAACAAUAUGCAAGUACGUAUACCACAUACACAAAAAAUCCCGUUUUGAUGAAAGUAAUAAAGAAACCAAUGCAGCAAGGUCGGAACCUUUCCUGAGCGAGGAUUCUGGAUGUGUUGAUACCAUUGCAGCCCUAAAUCCUCACCAAAUUUUGAGGCCAAAUUAAACACAUUUUGUAUUUUCAAAUUCCCACAAAGGUCAAUGAAAGUUUUUUUACUUUAGGAAAUACGGAAGAAUGUGGUCAUCUUAGAUCCUAUCCUAUGAGGCUUGACUCCUGUCAGCUCCCAGGGCUGUCCUGGGACCUCAGGGCACUCUGCUUCAUACAGAUUUAUCUGACGAGAAGCUCGUCUGGGUUCAGUUCUAGUACCAGGUUUUCACAAAUCACAGGGAUAGGUCAAAAUUAAUCCCCCCCUCGAUUUUUUCACUUGUAAAUGCUGGGCGAGGGGGCAAUGUAAUUUUAUAUGGCUGCGUUUGAAAAGGCUUUUGGGUAGCUUUAUAAUUCCUUUGAAGCAAUAUUUUAAAAAAUAACUGCCAACCAAAGUGGCAAUGCAAGGAAGUGCCAUGUUGUUCAGGAUUUGUACACGCCAAUUUUUAACACAGUGUUCUUUUCACUAAGUACAACAUACGUUAAUUUAUAUUUAUAUAUUGUCAAUAUUGUUGUAACCAAGCUUCUCCUUUUUAAACACUUCAGGAACAAGGCCUUGUAUUUUUAGGUGAUUUUCAUAAACAGAAUAAUUCUUUUCCUUUCACUUGUAUCUUGCACUCAAUACAUGUAGCAAUACUUAAUAUAUUCUCUUCACAAGUAUUUGUUAAGUGAUUUAGUUAAUGGCUGAUAAAUGUUUUGUACAAAAUAGAUUCUGUACAGGAAAAAAUCUUUUAGAUAAACAUUAUUUAUUUUUACUGUUUUGUAAGUUAGACACUAUAAUGAAGCUCCUUUUUGCCAGAAUUACUGGAAGUGCCUCUUGGUAAAAUGUAUUAUAUGGUAAAUAUGUAUUCAAAAUUACUAGAAAUACUUGUCACAAAAUGAACAAUGUGGAUGUUGCAAUGUGAAGACAAAUGUACAACAUAAAUAUAAUUCUGUGGUAUCCUG